CAUUUUCUCAACCUUUUUCACAAUCCAUUAAUCUUUCUCUUUCAUCAAUACAUUACCAAGAAACCAGAGUUUUUCUUCAUUGUUCUUUUCCACAGCAUUGCAACAUGAAGAGACAUUCUUGUUGUUACAAACAAAAGCUGAGAAAAGGUCUUUGGUCUCCUGAAGAAGAUGAGAAACUUCUCAAUUACAUUACCAAACAUGGCCAUGGUUGCUGGAGUUCUGUCCCUAAACUCGCAGGUCUCGAGAGAUGUGGAAAGAGCUGUAGACUCAGAUGGAUCAAUUACUUAAGACCUGAUUUAAAGAGAGGAGCUUUCUCUUCAGAGGAACAGAAUCUCAUUGUCGAGCUUCAUGCUGUUCUUGGAAACAGAUGGUCGCAAAUUGCUGCGAGGCUUCCCGGGAGAACCGACAACGAGAUAAAGAACUUGUGGAAUUCGUGCAUUAAGAAGAAGCUGAUGAAGAAAGGCAUUGACCCUAUUACACAUAAACCCCUCUCCGAGGUUGGUAAAGAAACAAACAGAAGCGACAAUAACAAUUCCACAAGUUUUUCCUCAGAAACUAAUCAAGACUUGUUUGUCAAGAAAACGUCUGAUUUUGCCGAGUAUUCUGCGUUUCAGAAAGAAGAAUCCAACUCUGUUUCACUCAGAAAUUCGCUCUCUUCCAUGAUCCCAACGCAAUUCAACAUCGACGAUGGUUCUGUCUCAAAUGCGGGUUUUGAUACACAAGUAUGCGUGAAACCCUCGAUUAUUCUUCUUCCUCCUCCAAACAACACUUCAAGCACUGUCUCUGGACAGGAUCAUGUAAACGUGUCAGAGCCUAAUUGGGAAUCAAACAGUGGAACCACAAGCCACCUCAACAAUCCCGGUAUGGAAGAAAUGAAAUGGUCCGAGGAGUACCUAAACGAAUCGUUAUUCUCUACCCAAGUUUACGUGAAAUCAGAGACGGAUUUCAACUCCAACAUUGCCUUUCCUUGGAGCCAAAGCCAAGCUUGUGACGUAUUCCCCAAGGAUCUUCAGAGAAUGGCCUUCUCUUUUGGUGGUCAGACCCUUUAGUUUCUUUUUCUUAUCAGAUUUAGACAUAUUGAUACGUGUAAUGAAUGGAUCAAAUGUUCUAUUUGGCCAUACGUUAAAAAAAUAAAAAAGCACAAUCCUUUCCUGAAAAUGUGUCAUAUAGAACAUUUUGCUCAGAUUCAUCAAUAUACGUCUGUAAAUUUUUAGUUUGGUAUCGAAAUAAGUUUCGUGCAAUCCUUUUGUUGAAAAGAAUCAUGAUGCUGUCGACAAAUCAA